GGAGCUAGGUUUGGCUGUAGACUUUGUGAAGAUAAGAACGACCCUUCUCUCUCUCUCCACUUUCUCACAUUGUAAACACCAUCGACCACUCUCUACAAGAACUCCUUCGCUCUCUGCCUCCUCACUAGCUCUCAAGAACCUCUUCUCUCUAUCUCUCUCGCUUGCUUUCUCGCUCUUUAAGAACUAACGGUGACACUCUCUGAAUUUCGCUCCUUUUUUCUCUGUGUUUGCGCAUUUUGAGAAAGACAGAAAGAUUCAAGAAACAAACAGAGCACCUCUGUUUUUUUUCAAGCUGGCGAUCGAAAAUCAAGAAACCGCUGUCCGGGAAAUCAAACCCAAGAACCGGAGGAUCAUGGGUGCUGGAGGCCCUGAUGACGAGGACAACAGGUGGCCGCCGUGGCUGAAGCCUUUGCUCAAAGAGAGCUUCUUUGUUCAAUGCAAGUUACACGCGGAUUCCCACAAGAGUGAAUGCAACAUGUACUGCUUGGAUUGCAUGAACGGUGCUCUCUGCUCUCUCUGCCUCGCCUACCACAAGGACCACCAUGCUAUUCAGAUAAGAAGGUCCUCAUACCAUGAUGUGAUAAGGGUCUCAGAGAUUCAGAAAGUUUUGGACAUCACUGGGGUCCAGACCUACGUUAUCAACAGCGCCAGAGUCGUCUUCUUGAACGAGCGCCCUCAGCCUAGGCCCGGCAAAGGCGUCACCAACACCUGUGAGGUCUGCGAGCGCAGCCUCCUUGACUCUUUCCGCUUCUGCUCUCUCGGUUGCAAGUUGCAGAUUGUUGGGACAUCUAAGACUUUCCAGAAGAGAAAGAAGCACUCGGCGGCUCUGGCGUCAGACUCAGAGGAAUCCCAUUCCAGCAGCAGCCAUCAUGGCCAAGGGAAGAGAAAAUUCCAGAGCUUCACUCCCCAGACGCCGCCUCCUACCAUCAAUUACCGGACGGCGAGGCGUAGAAAGGGAAUCCCACACCGUGCCCCAAUGGGAGUAAUCAUGGGAUACUAAGCACUAAAUAAUUUCUUCUAAUUACUCUACUACUGGAGGCACAUAUCAUCAUCCUCUGUGCCCCUCUCCAAUGGCCGCAGUCUUUUUAGCCUCGUAAAAGGCUGGCGUUGGAUUUAGUAUUCUGUACAUAGAAGCAAUAGAAGUGAACAAGCUGGUAAUUGUGAAAAAAUAAAGGCAAAAUGUGGACGGUGGAGUCAGUGGAGGACUUUUUUAGAUGAAGAAUACUCUCUCUAUAUAUAAUAUAUAAGUCUAUAGGGGUUGGUUUUUUUAGGUGAUUAUACAUAAGUUUUGGGGCUUUUGUUUUAAUUGUAAAUGUGCUUGGGGUUUUAGAGAGGUAGGGAAAUGGGAACUGGGAAGCAAUUAGCAAUGUUGUACUCAGACUCUCAAGUCUUGAAAAAUAGGGGAAUGUCUAUAUAAGGAAAAUGAAUAAAUAGAUUUUUGUUUUAUA